GAGCCCACCGCCUCUGCACCAAUCACAGCCUGCCGUUACCUACGCGCACAUGCAUGCACGUACGCACUGACAAGACAGCAUACACACAAACACACACAGUGAUCCACUGCUCCGGUUCUCAUCUAGCCUUCACAUGCGUCCCCAACGAGUCCGCGUAGCUCUGGCUGCGCCAAGAUGAGCGGUGUCCCCGGUACCGUCUGAACGUCUCACCGCCUGACUGACCCAGCGCCGCGGAGAGAGAGAGAGACAGAAAGAGAGAGCGAGAGAGAGAGAGAGAGAGAGAGAGAGAGAGAGAGAGAGAGAGAAAGAGAGAGAGAGAGAGAUAUAGACCAUCUUUCCUCUUUUUCAACGCAUCUUCCAUUCGUUUGGAAGAGACCGCAGCGCGAGCCGUUUCUAUCGGCAUCUCUACUGUUUUCACCCCUCCUUCUCCUCCUUGGUCUCGCUGCAUCCCCUCCCUCUGUUUACUCGCUCUCCCGGUUCAGAGGAGAAACCGGAGACCCCCCCCUGGGUCGUGAUUUUGUGGAAAUACAUUUUUUUUGCAUUUUCCCUGCUGGGUGUUGGUAGCGCGCAGUUGCUGCGCGCUUUGUAAAUUCCGGUGAAUGGUGGAUUUGGCAAACAUGGAGACCGUGGAGAAGGAAUGCGGGGCCCUCGGGGGUCUAUUCCAGGCGAUUGUCAACGACAUGAAGUGCUCCUAUCCUGUGUGGGAGGACUUCAGCGCCAAGGCCACCAAGCUGCAUUCCCAGCUCCGAACCACUGUGCUGGCUGCUGUGGCCUUCCUGGAUGCCUUUCAGAAGGUGGCAGACAUGGCCACCAACACUAGAGGAGCAACCAGAGACAUCGGUUCAGCUCUGACCAGGAUGUGCAUGAGGCACCGCAGCAUCGAGGCCAAACUGCGCCAGUUCACAAACGCUCUGAUGGAGAGUCUGAUCACCCCUCUUCAGGACAAGAUUGAGGACUGGAAGAAAACUGCCAACCAGCUUGAUAAAGAUCAUGCCAAAGAGUACAAGAGGUCACGCCACGAGAUCAAGAAGAAGUCAUCUGACACCAUCAAGCUGCAGAAGAAGGCUCGUAAAGGGCGAGGGGACCUGCAGCCUCAGCUGGACAGCGCCAUGCAGGACGUGACCGACAUGUGCCUGCUGAUGGAGGAGACCGAGAAGCAGGCGGUGCGCCGGGCCUUGGUGGAGGAGAGGGGGCGCUUCUGCACCUUCAUUGGCUUCCUGCAGCCUGUGGUGAACGGAGAGAUCGCCAUGCUGGGAGAGAUCACUCACCUCCAGGCCAUCAUCGACGACCUCACUGUGCUGACAACUGAUCCUCACAAACUGCCCCCAGCUAGUGAACAGGUGAUAAAGGACCUGAAGGGCUCAGACUACAGCUGGUCCUAUCAGACGCCUCCGUCAUCCCCCAGCAGCUCCGGCUCCCGCAAGAGCAGCAUGUGCAGCAGCGUCAACAGCGCCCACAGUAGCGCCUCCCGCUCCUCAGGGGGAGGGGGUAGUGCUGGUUUUGGUGGUGGUGGUGGUGGAGGCUCCCAGCCACACUCACCCACCUCCUCUUCCUCCUCCUACGUUCGCUACCGCAGCAGCCUGCCGCACCAGAACCUGCCACCGGGGGGCAUCGCCGCUCACCGCCUCAGCAGUGUCUCCUCCCACGAUUCGGGCUUCGUGUCCCAGGAUGCAAAUAUCUACUCCAAGCCGCCCUCGCCAAUGCCCUCAGACAUCACUAGCCAGAAGUCCUCCAGCUCAGCGUCGUCAGAGGCUUCAGAAACGUGCCAGUCAGUCAGUGAAUGCAGCUCCCCCACCACUUUUGGCACGUCCUUCGCUACCUUCCGCCCCGCUCUCUCUCACUCUGGCUCCACACGGCCUCUCUCUGUCAUUCUUCCUGUUCCUGCGUCCCCACCCUAUAAUCGCCCCCCCGGAUCCAGCUCCUCCUCUCCCACAUCAAAGGUUCCUAUCUGGAAGGAUUGGUCCAAAGCAGGUCAGUACGAGCAGCCGGUGGCGGCCGCAGCGGUUCAGAGGAGGAAGGAACCUCUGGACAGACUGAGGGAGAGCGAGGGGUCCCCGAGCGCGCAGGGGUACGCCGGGCCAUCAUCAUCGCACCCCGAGGACCCGCAGAGAUCCAGGAUGACCCCGGCGAAUGUCGUUGCCAAGCAUGGAGACGAGGUGUCUCCCGCUGCCAGCGACCUGGCCAUGGUGCUGACCAGAGGACUCAGUAUGGAGCAGCAGAAGAGCAACAGAGACUCACUGCACUACUCCAGCGGCUACAGCACAGAGACCACCACCCCGUCCUGCUCCGAGGACACCAUCCCCUCACAAGGUUCAGAUUACGACUGCUACUCUGUGAACGGGGACACUGAGGGACCCGACGGACAGACAGACUUCGACAAGUCCUCCACCAUCCCUCGCCACUCUAACAUCGCCCAGAACUACCGACGGAUGAUCCAGACCAAGAGGCCCGCCAGCACGGCGGGGCUACCCAGUGGGGUUCUGGGUCCUGGGGGUCAUGUGAUACCUGGACAACCGGGUGGAGCAGGCGGAGGAGGAGCAGGCACUCCGGGCACCGCCACCAUCCGCAGGACCCCGUCGACUAAACCAGGCGUGAGGCGCACUCUGUCCAACGCAGGGCCCAUCCCCAUCCGACCACCCAUUGUGCCUGUGAAGACCCCCACUGUCCCCGGAGACUCACACUCACCCGGUGCAGGUGGGGGUGGGUACGCAGGUGGAGGGCAUGCUGGAGGCGUGCCCGUGCGUGUGGGCAGCGAGGAGUGUGUGUUCUUCACCGGAGUGGACGAUGCUCAGGGAGCGCUCGAUUACGUGAAGGCGUCACCAAAGCGCCUCAGCCUGCCUAACACCGCCUGGGGGUCUGGGGCGGCGUUGGAGGUCUACGCCCAGCAGCACGGGGGUCUCGUUCUGGGAGCCGGCUCGGGUGCCGGGUCAGAGGAGGAGCAGAUGAUCGCGGCCAAUCGGCACAGCCUGGUGGAGAAGAUCGGCGAGUUGGUAGCCAGCGCGCACGCCCUCGGAGAGGGCCAGUUUCCUUUCCCCGCCCUCCCCGACGACCCCGCCCUGCAGCCGACCGGCCCCGCCGACUCUCAGACAGGGACAGAGGGGGCGGACGGGUCCGGCGACAUGUUGACCACCAUCAGGAGAGGAGUCCGCCUUCGCAAGACCGUCUCGAACGACCGGUCGGCCCCGCGCAUCUUGUGAUCGGAGGAGAAGCAGGAAGAGGAUGAAGUUCGUCAGCCAAUAGGGAGGCAGGUGUUGGUGUGGUGCAACCCAACCGCCUAGUACACAAAAAACUUAACCAUGUAGGAAGAGCUCUAAUAUAACAGAAGAUGAAUGAAAACAAAAACAAACACAAAAACAAGUGUAAAGACAUCAUUAGAGUAAACGAUAUAUAAUAUAAAGAUAAUAACAACGUUAAUAAUGUUAACCAAUGCUGAUAAUUAAAAAGCUAAAUACUGAAUAUUGACAGGCUCCUAGACAGCCACUAUAACUAGUGUGUGUUGGACGCAUGUUUGUCUUCUCUACACCUCCACCCAGGGAUGGAAAAGACUCGCAAGGAAAAACAGAUACGAUAAAAAAAAAAAGGUGAAAGAAAGAGCGAAAAGACUGGGUUCUGUUUGCCAACCUAUACCCUUCCCCUCCAACUAACCCCGACUGUCGAACGCCAGAGGAAGGACAGACUGAUGACUGAAGGACGGACGGGCGAGAGAGAAGGUGGGGGGUCAGAGUGCCAUGUGACCGGCUUGGAUUGAACCCAGGCUGUCUCAGCAGCGACAUACUGUACUUACUAGCCCACUGAACUGAAGCUUUGGUAUUAGCACGGGGAGCUAACGGGGAGCUAACGGGCCAGAGGGCUCACUCUGGUUCACCCUAAUGUUAAAGAGUCUUUAAAAAAUACGGUUGGCAUUGAACCGUGCUAGUGCCCCUUCCCCUCUCUCUCUCUCUCUCUCUUUGUGUGUCUAGUGUGCAUGUGGGAGAAUGUGAAAAGAAAGUGUGUGCACAUGUGAGUGACUGUGUGUGUGUGUGUGUGUGUGUGCGAGGGGGGCGGGUAGAGCUCUGCUGCAGGACAGCUGGUUACCCAAUGAGGGCAGGGCUUUUCUCCUGUGUGUUGUGUGUGUGUGUGUGUGUGUGUGUGUGUGUGUGUGUAUUUUCUUGUUUAUAUCGUGACGUCAUUUACCUUGUUACCACUGUUGGAGAAGUUACAAGAAGUAAUCCAGGCGUAUAGAUAUAUUCAUAUAUAUUUUCUAGAACCAGAGAGAAAAUGUUAAAUCAGAAAUGGAGCAAUAAAUGUGUUUUAUUUUCUUGUUUUUUUUUUUUUUCGAGGAGAGCGUCGGAGGAGGACUGUAGGUUCCUCCUGUGUCACAUUCAGGCAAUCAUCAGGAAUGCUAAAAUUACACAUCGACUGUGAAUUCAAGACGAGAGACGGGUUCGGGGGUGGGGGGGUGGGGGAGUCUCUCUCUGUCUCUUACUGGAGAAGGAAAUGUAUGACAGAAAUUGUUGAAAAAAAAAAACUUGAAGCACUUUGAUAGGUUUUUUGGGAGUAUGCACAAUAGCCACUAGGUGUCGCUGUAGUCAUACCGUAUGAGAGGGAGGGUGGACGUGAGAGAGAUGGUUGCCAUAAGGACUGCGUUCUGAGAAAAUCAUUUUCAUUUGUAGAAGAAGAAGAAGAGGAGAGAAAGGGACUAAGAGGAAGUGAGAAACACUGGUGGAAUAGGAGCGAUGAAUUUAAAAGAGAGAGACGGGAUUAGAAAGUAGAGCAAAUUAUUUGUGUAAUAUUUGGGGGCGAGGGGACGGGACAAUAUCUAAAUACAAAAUCAAAAAGUCACAUUAAGACGUAUCCGGGUGGAGAUACAUGACACUGAGGUUUCUGCCUUCACUCCUAAAGAAUGGAGAUAAAUGUCUUGUUGCUUUUCAACACUUAUGUGUAUAUUACUUUUAAAAAUCCCAACAGUUUAAUGUCUUUUGAAGAAUAAUAAAGCGGGGACUUUGGAUCAUACAAACACUUUUCUACUCUACGUUACACAUCGAACACAUGGGACAGAACAUUCAAUAGAUCAUGAACACCGUCUCAGAAAACACAUCACUGUAGGAUUAUUAAAAUACUAUUGUUCAAUACGCGCCUGGAGCAAACAGAAGGCGUUUUCAGACUGCAGGAACUUUUUCAUAGUUCUAGGAACUAUUGGAAUUCUUCCCCCUUUUUUUUACAAGGUUGUUUCAGACCAAACAGUUCUGGGGACUUUUUGAACCCUAAAGAGUUCCCUGAGAGCUAUUCACCAUGGAGACUUUUUUGCAUCCGCACCGCCAUGGUACCUACUCUGACGCAGGAGCUGAAAAAGGUUCCUCUAAACGGGGUUCUGGGAACUAAAAUAUUUCCUAGUUCCUAGAAUCAAUAAAAAAGGGGGAGGGGUUUCAACAGUUUCUAGAACUAUUAAAAAAGUUCCUGCGGGCCGAAAACACUUUUUGAAUAAAUCAAACUGGUGUUUUGAUACCACAGAAACAACAAUUGAAGUCCUCUGCACCCAAUAUUUGGUCAUUUCAUGCUUCACAAAAUUGAAUGCAAUCUCCUGCACACUUGCUAAAAUUGAACUUUUCGGUACCAAAGGUUGCAAACGUGUUUGUGCAAUUUAGACAAGACAAGUGCGAGCUCUCUUUGGCUGGGCGGCAGCUUUGGUUAAAUAAUACGACUGAAGAUUCUGUACUUACUUUAAAGCUUAAAUACUUCUCGAUGCUGUUGUCGAUUAAGACAAUGGAGCUUUUCAUCGUUGCAGAAAAGUAUCCCGCCUCUGCUUAGAAACGAAACAUUGCUGUGUGACGUUUAGUAAAGGCCCUGGAGUGGUUCAGCUCAGAGCCCGGAUCAGCUCAGGACGAAGGCUGCAUGAGAGGAUUAUUUAAAGUGUGAGGGAAAGAUGAGUCCUGUUGGAUGUGCUUGCCGACGACAGAGACGCAGAUGUGUUUUUAAGUUAAGACAGAGAGAGAGAGAGAGAGAGUAAAAAAGUGUGUGUCAAGCAUUUCACUGCCUGUUGGAACAAUAUUGACUCCCAUGUGCUGCACUUGUAAAUGAGAAUCAGGCGCACAGAUUUGGUACAAACGUUUGUUAGAGAAUUACAUGGAAUAUUUGUUUUCGAUGAUUUUAUUUUUCAGUUUGCAGUCUGCUGUUUAAUAUUUAGUCUUACUUUGAAUUAAUGUAAAAAAAAAAAAAAAAAAAAAGAAGAAAAACUCCUGUGGAAACACACAAACUACUAAGCUGUGUAACAUAUGGAUGUAGGAUGUGUGGGCUGAGAGUGCGUGUGUCCUCGUCUGGAUGUCGACCUUUAGGAUAGUGAACUCUUCAUCACACGUCUGUACGCUCUCUAGCAGUGACCCGAGCAUAGCCAUCGCUUUCCAACAUGCUCGUUCUGUUUGACUCAUUUCUUUGUGUCUCUUGAAUGCACCACUGUUUUUAAACUUGAUUUGGGCUGUUUGAGAGGAGGAUGAUGAUUUGAUUUUGAGACAUAAGAGAGGAGAAGGUUUUUUAAAAACACUCUGCCUGUGCACUUUGAUUUUUUUUUUUUUUUUACUUUAAAACUGUGCUUCGGCAAAUGGAUGUUUGUUUCUUUCUGCGGGGGGACCCUCUGUAUGUGUGUGUUUGCAACAUGUGGAUGCAGAGUGAUGCAUCAGCUGAUCAUGGCAGGGUGGAGAGGGUGGAAGGGGAGAGCAGGCGGGCGUGGACUCCAUUCCUCCACACUGCAAAAAAAAACAAACGAAAAUCUUAGCGAGUUUUUAAUAUAGCGAUUAAUGUAGAGCUCAACUCGACAGUAUGGUUCCUGAAGUCAAAAUCCAUUCGUUAAUUUUCUCCACGGCCAAUUUGAUUAUUAGCCAUGAUGUCAUAACCAUUCAAGGUAGAUUGACCAUGAACUACCUGAGUUUGAAACGAUGGUUUAUGCUCCUGUAGGAGACCGUAUGAUAUCAUCCUAAUUUUAAAAACAACAUGGUUUAAAAGAACUACACUACCCACGAUCCUAGAGUGUCACAGCAUCCAAUCUGAGUGGUUGGUUGAGCUUGCUGUUACCAUGGCCAUGUUUCCCGCCCCUCUGCACCUCAUGCUAACGGAUAGUUUUUGCUAGCAGGCUGGCUAGUUAGUUAGCUAGCAGUAAAUGUACUAAUAACCUCGUCAUGCUGCAGUGAAUGUAGUUUAUAUAUUCAACAACACAAACUACAACACUUGUAUUCACAGUUUAAACACGAUAACAACGACCAAAGUUACUGUUAAGCCGAAGCGGUAUUAUUCGCAAUGGAUUGUGGGAUGUGUAGUUCCUUGACUCCUGACGAAAAUGAUGUACACGGUCUUGCACUUUUGACUUUUUCUCAUUUUUUUUCGAUGCCGUUUCGGCGCCAAAUCAAAUGUUUUAUAGUCACGAGUAUUUGGGUAGCUGGUUGUCAUGGUUACAGGCAUCAAUCUCUCGAUAUUAGGAUUUUGUUAAAUGUCAAUGGAGGACUUGAACAGGGACUUUUAUUUCCGGAACAAGAGCCGCCAAAAAAAAAGUGGGCGGUCACUGUUGAGCUUUAUUAGCCACAGUCAUCUUACAAGUCCUGAUGAACAUGAACAUAUUACAAGCAACAAGUUGAAUUUGUUUUUCUGCAGUAAGCACACUUUCCGUAAGUUUUGUAAAAAGAGAUCUUGCAAGAUUUAUUUGAAUGCUUUUUAAAUGUUGAAAUUAGAUGUUUAUCUGGACUUGUCAGGUGAAUGCGGCUUAUGUUAAAUGCAAUGAGAUAUUUUAUAGAAAUAAGACAAACGCUAAGAUUUCAGUUUUUUGCAGCGCAAGAAAAGAAGAACCACAUUUCCUGUGACAAACUGCUGAUGUGAAGAGAAUAACCUGUCGAGUCACACUGUGUGUAAAAAUGUCAGACUGUCUGCUGAAUGUACUGCAAACUGAAGGGAGCGUCAACCUGAACAUGCUUGACUUGAACACUUGCAACCUGAGAACUUUGAUUUGUGCAUCAGUUUAAAACAGAAGGAAAGCAAUACAGAGACAGAGUUCAUGAUCGUACUUUCACAACCAUGUUCCUGCGGGGGUUCGGCAAAGGAAAAUACCGCUGUUUUCUUUCCACUCUGGAGUACGCGUGGCCCUCGUUUAAAAGCUGAUCCACUUUGUUUUGAUUUGGAGCUAAUAGACCCUUUACUAUGUGUGCAAUCAGAGCCAAUUAUUACUCGUCUGAAUGUGUAUGUGCUAAAUGUUUAUUACUUCUGGUACAUGCUGGAGCAAUUUAACUCACUGCUGGUUAUCUACAGGAAGUUAUCUCUUUAUUAAAAAGGCUUCAAAAUGCCAUGCCAGGACACAGUGGUCGUUUUAAAUGAUGGACAGCAACUCAGGAUAAGGCGAGGAUUCUGAGAUCAACACAUAUCAAGAUCCACGCACCCUGUGAUAGGAUGAGUGGAAGUAACACCCCUGGUAUUUACCUUUUCCAAUGCCCCAGGUAUCAGCACAAAAAGGUUUUAUCUAGCGAAACAACAAUGUCUUUAAUAACACGCUGAAUUAACUGUGUACUGAACUAACUGUCUGAACAAGCUGGAAUAACCAUUCUGCUGCAAAUGUGUUGAUAUACCUGUGAGUGUAUAUGUAUGUGUGUAGAAGUACGUCUGCAGGCACGGAGGCAAAGCAGCAAAAACAGCACAUACUGUAGAAACAUACAAAGGCAGAUUUACAUGCAUGCAUACAAACACAAAUGUUUUUCCCUCAUCUGAGAAAACUACACUACAAGGAUGACACACAGUGUUAGACGUAAUGUUUUAAAGGAGCAAUAUGUAACUCUGACACCUAGUGUUUGAAAUGGGUACUGCAGUCCACAUUCAAAACAUUGGCUACAGCUCCUCCCCCUCCUCUCUAGGGUCGAUGUUCACGCAGGUUGCCAUGUUGCAGACACUGAAGCUUCAGUGUUUAGCUCUGCAGCUUUUUUUUUUUUAAUGGCAGGACAACAUCAGGAAAACUCAACAGCACUAAAGUCUUCAAUUUUUUUAAAAGUGAACCCAAACUGCCAAUUUAACACGGUAAUUGGAUUUUUUAAGAUACACACCUUUGACAAACUAAUUCUGUGUUUGGAAAACGCAAAGAAAUCAGAAUUCACACAUGAGCCGAUCUCUUCUUUUUUUUUUCUCGCUAUCGUGACACGCUGCCUUCCUGUCUCCUGAUCGGCCCAGCACACCCACGGCCGCUGUCCGACUGACGAGUUAGAAACAACACUUUGUCUCGAUGAGAGUCCCAUCAGCUGAACAGCAGUCCCCGCUCCCAUCAAAGCUAAUGAAAAAUAACUUCUGAUGACGUCUUCAUUUCCACCACAGUCCACAGCGACUUCACUCUGAUUCUCUCUCUGUCCGUCUCCCCCCCCUCCUCCUCUCUGUUUGUGUGGCGAUGUUGGUGAGUGUGGUAACGGCUAACGGGUGGUGUAUCAUCAUGGCUCCUGGGUGUGUUGUUCAAAGAAGACGUGCAGCAUUAGCGGGCGUAAACGUCUCCCCUGUUGUACGCAGUAACGUGAGCUGGUUUUCACGCAGAGCAGCUUGAUGUCUGAAGCUCGGUCUCAAAGCUAGAUUACAUUUUAAUUAAUUUUUGAUCAGGCUUUUAAGGCAUCAUCUCACAGGCGGCUUACAUUAGGAUACUUUGGAGGUUUCUCACGAGCUUCUGUAAAAAUAGAAGUUAUUCAGCAUAACUCAAAAUGAACUCACAAAUGAUAAAUGGACUUCGUUUUUUUCUUUUCUGGUCUUCUGACGACUCAAAGGACGUUGACACCGCAGGUCACACCUGGCAGAGGCUGCUGUGUGAAGAGUCCAUCAGUAUUAACCAAUCCCAAUCAUCCUUAUUAAGUGUCUUGCCCAAGGACACAUCGUACAUGUGGCUGCAGGAGCUGGGGUUCGAACCCCUGACCUUCCUUUUGAGAGACGACCGACUCUACCAACUGAGACCUUGGCUUGUGUUCAUUUUACAAUAACACUUUUUAGCACUUUGUGUGAAGGGCAGCCCCCACUGCUGCCUGUCGUAACCAUAGCAACCCUGAUUAAGGUUUUAAUCUGUAAAAAUCCUGAGCGUUGAACCGUGCAGGGUUUCAUUAUUUCAGCCACAAAUUUAACUUUUCUUUUACUACAGGAAAAAUAUGUUCUUUGACAGUCAGGUCUCAACUUUUAAUCUAUAAAUAUAUAUUAUUGUUAUAUUUAAGACCACACUAACCAAGACUAAGACAUACCCGAGACCAGAGUGCUCCAGGACCAAGACCAAGACCUUUAGGCAUUGAGAACGAGUCAAGACCAAGACCAUAAAUAUCACUGAAAAAUCAUCAUCCUGUGUGAUGAGAUGAACACUACACUGUAACACCUGGAAGGUUGCAAAUAUAUUUAAGUUAUUUGUUCUUUAAGAAAGGGGCUUUACCUUCUAAUACCAGUAAUUACUUGGAAAAAUACCAUUUCAGUGGCAGUCUUGAUUUAAAAUCCAAAGUCUGCCCAGUCUGAGUAAAAAUGCUUUCGAUUCUGAGAUGAGAACAAGACCUGCCUAAAAUGAAAUCUGAGCCCAAGACAGAUUUGGAGUACUACAACACUAUACUUUAUAUUACUAAAACACUUCAUAAAUAUACAUUUUUACCAUAAAUAGUAAAUUAAAUGGUCUCGAGGGUCAAACACUUCCGUUCUCUUCUUGCAAACACUCAGCAGGUGAUCCAAAAUCUUCUAUAACUUUUAUUGAAAAGCAUCAAAAACGUAUAAAACUGAAUCAGAAGCCUCUCGAAACACUGACUUCUUCCUUCCACCCACUUUAACAAUAACGUCACAUGAAGAACAAAACGAUGUUCGAGCUGCCGCAGACAACACGUUAUUUUCAUGUUGUGACACAAAUAAAAGUAGGGCAGAAGCUCUGCUGACGGUGGGAGACCGUAAAACAUUUAUGUUAGCCGACUUCUCUCGUCAUGUAAACCUGUUGACUGUCUUCACCGUGGACGAGUUUCCGUGGUUACUGAGAUUCACAGGAAAUUGGCAGACGUCCACUGUGAGAAUUUGCUCGCAGCACGAACACAUCGUCGGGGAAUCUAUGUGCAGGUUUUUUUGGACGACAGCCUCAUUUGUCUUGUUGAAUGUGUCUCUAUUCACAACAUGCAUACAGAGAGAAAUUAGUGGAAUUAAAAAACUGAUGUUCUUUAUCUGAUUGGGGUUCUUUUAGGUUAAUCUUUGGGCUUCUGAUGCCUUUUUUAGAGAGUUGGACACUGGAUAGAGUCAGGGAGAGAGAGAGAGAGAGAGUGGGGAACGUCACGCAAGAAGGAACCACAGGCUGGAACCAACCACGACCUCCCCGACCUCCUUACAUGAGGCUUAAAAAAGAAGGGCCCUCUGAUGGCCAUCGAACCAAAAUUAUGUUGCACUUCUGCUGCUAAUUCUGAUCUUGCUGUUUGUACAUCUCAUGAACUAUAAGCUCUAAGAGAAGUGAGAAGUCCUGAUGGACAGGUUGAGGUUGUGUAAAAUGGUCCGGCCUUUUCUUUUUUAUUGUCCAUUUAACCUUCAAAAAGGACACGAUGCUGUUUUGAAAGAACCUGAGAGAUUGAGACCAUACACUCAUGAAGAAAACUUUGUCUGCAGUGACAAAUACAUUUUGAAUUGUCCUUUACCCAACCAGUUUCAAGUUUUGCAACCAAGCGCAACCAAAAAAGAAAUCAAUGCGGAAGAGCAAAAAGCUGCAUUUCCCUGAGUGACCACUAGAGGCUGGCUCCAAAAGCCUGGGAGGUCGCACUACCACUCAUGUUAAAAUGCCUCAUUUUACAGCAGAAGUAAAUAUUUGUCUCUGUUUGUUAAAACUGAACGGGGGAUAGUUUUUUUUUAUAACGUUGGCAAGGCUGAGAUGGUCGACAGGAAGCUUGUGGAAGCUUAAUGCCCGCCUCAGUUCCACCACUUUGCCUGUCACGACACGGCUUGAAAGUGAGGUUAAAACAGCAUUUCCAUCAUGGUGACUGCCCAUCAUUGGGCUUUAGAAUCCAAUGAAACUGAGUAAACAUUUUCAACCAGUGGAGUCGCCCCCUGCUGGCCAUCAGAGAGAGCGCAGAUUUAAGUAACUUCUGCAUUGGCUUCACUUUGGGAACUAAGCGUCCAAAGCCAUAAACACUCGACCCACUCAAUUAGCCAUCUGCCCAGGUUAUAGUGAAUGUGUCCUGUUUGUAUGUGUGCAUUAGUGUGUGUUUGUGUGUGUGGCACAGGGACACGUGGUUAAGACCCCCUACUGCUUCUCUCUCCCACCUCCCACACGCAAUCUGUCUAUCCUUCCUGCUGUCGAAUACUGAGAUAACACUACACACACUUUAUCACACACACGGUCAGAAGCUAACAUGGCUAAGUAGAUUAAAGCUACAUCAUGCUCCGCUGAAGUCCUGCAGGGUUUCAUGAUGACACCGUCGCCGUGCAGAGUUGAGGGGUCGACCUGAACUGAAUGUGUUACUUUCAGUACUGAAAGUAGUCUCUCUCUCUCUCACUCGCUUGCUCUCUUCCUCGUCUUCAGCCGACAAACUCUACAGGAGAAUCUCUCCACUAAAGGCGGCAGCAACAUUUCUUUGGGGUUAUUUAACUCAAAGGAUAUAUGUAUCAGAGUCCACAUCCGCUUUGAUCUUCUCUCUCCCCUCCUCCCUCUCUGCAGACUCUGUGCUCUCGUCCGCCUCUCUUCUUCUUCUUCUUCUUCUUCUUUAAUUUAUUGUGAGUUGAUUUCUAAGGUUGUUUCGCCUCUGUCGCUGAUGAUAAGGUUUUCUUUUUCUGUCUUCCUUUUUGUAAAAUUGACCCUUUUUUUUGUUAACUUUAGUCACUGCUAAUGUAACAAAACGCACUGUGAUGAUUCCAGUAUUAAUAAAAGUUGUACUUAAACUGUG